AUGUUGUCCUGCCUUGCACAGCCCUACCUCUGGUUUCUAUGUACUUGUUAUUAUUACUGCCUAGGUAGUGUUUAUUCUUGUCGAUGGUGCUCUACGGGCAGAUACCGCAGGGCACUCACUUCGGGGCCCUUUGAUCCAAAGGCAAGGUUCUGUCUAUCCGUACAGCCUAAGGUACCUUAG